CUCUCAUCCACACCCAUUCUCUACCAAUAUGAUUGUAGUCUCAAAUGAUCCCAGUUGGUGGCCGGUCAUCAAUUCGUAUCGUUUGAGCAGCUAUUUUACAGGUUCGUGGAGAGCAGUCGGAUGUUGAAGUUGACUCAGUCUAACCUUGGCUGUGGUUUCGCAGUCGUCGCCUAUGUUGCAGUGAUGUAUGAUUGGGCACUUACAUUCGGACAAGAGGUGGAACUGAUCUGGCGACAACGAUGGUCCUUAAUGACAGUUAUGUAUCUCAGUGUGCGCUACCUUGGAUUCUUAUAUGCUACCCUGUACAUUCUGGACAGCGUUCCGACCAUCUCGCUGACAGAUACAGUGAGCUGGAUUAUCUACGUCGUAUUGGAUUGGACUAGUGUUGUGGUAUUCGCGAUGCUGUGGGUCAUCAUCAUCGCUCGGUUGCGUGCGAUGUAUCAAGGAUCCAGAAAGAUCCUGAUAUUUCUCAUUGUCGCCUUCCUGGCUGUCAACAUUUUCGACGGAGUAGUCACCAUAAUGGGAACGAUGCAUACUUCAGGGGAGGAACUCGUUCUCUCCGGCACUUAUCAGUGCCAGAUUAACUAUUCGAAAGAUAUCGCACUUCUGGCUUCGAUUACUUGGAUGCUCGGCACUGUAUGGGAGGUCUUCGUGCUAUGUCUCGCAGUCUGGAUUGCGGUAAAACACUUCCGUGAACUGCGACAACAUUCGGCAGGAGGGAUUAUCGAGGACUGUUUCACGGUGUUGAUGAAAACUCACGUGGUUUACUUUGCGAGCUUUGUUGCUGUUUCUUGCAUCGAGCUCAUUACUAUUUUCUCUCCGACAUUAUCAAUGGUCGAUUCCCUGGACACUCAGAUUAUUUAUGGGUUUGUUCAAAUUUUGACAGUCGUGCAGAUGUUUGUGCUGGGACCGCGCCUGAUCCUUGGUGUUCGGGAAUACCACGCUAAGCUCGUGGCCGAUUCUGACGCAGCAACUGGUAUGAUCUCAAUCGCUUUCCAGGAGCGCGUGGAAAUAUCGACUGGUAAUGGCGUGUGAUACUCGGUGGAGUUAACGGUUGUCUGGCGCCCUCCAAAGAGCAGGGAAAUUUGCUUUUAUUUAUUACCACUUUCU